CCUCUUCCUGCCAAAUCGCGCAUCGGACGAAUUCAAUCUCAGUCUACGCGACCAAGCGAUCAAAUAGAAACCAUAGAGCAUCUGGCUAGCAAACUUGUCGUGCCUUUGACGCUAUACAACAUUGCUCAACAAGCGGCAAACCCAAAUACUCAUGUCCGAGGCAGACUACGACACCUGGACGAAGGAGGAGCUCAUAAGCCGCCUCGUUCAGCUUGAGGGCCACGGCAGUAGCAAACCCUCCUCGAAGGGCAAGGGCCGCACUCAAGACGACACUAUCGACUGGGCGAAUGCGCCGCGUCGCAAAAUCGCGCUCAAAUUCUGCUACGGGGGCUGGGACUACGGAGGGUUAGCAAUCCAAAAGGACCGGACGCCGCUGCCGACGGUGGAGGGGAAGCUAUUCGGCGCGCUUGUACGCGCUCGCCUCGUCGAUCCGAAGGGGGGAUUGGAGGGUUGCGGCUGGGAGCGGUGUGGGAGGACAGAUCGAGGGGUCAGCGCAGCGGGCCAGGUCAUCUCGCUCUGGGUACGUAGCGCGCUCUCGCAGGAGGAGCUUCUGCCGCACCCCUUCACAUACAUGAUCAAUCGCCACCUCCCCGACCCCAUCAAAAUCCUCGCCUGGUCCCCCGUCGAUCUCUCCUUCUCCUCGCGCUACUCCUGCACCUGGAGACACUACAAGUACUUCUUCCCCCCCGUCGGGCUCGACAUCCCCGCGAUGCGCGCCGCGUGCGCGUACCUCCCCGGCACGCACGAAUUUCGCAACCUCUGCAAGAUCGACCCCACAAAGCAGCUCGACCAGUUCCGCCGCGACAUCCUGCACGCCAGCAUCUCGCAUGUCGACGCGAGCAAUCCUGGCGGCAUGCACGUCUUCGACCUGAAGGGCUCGUCCUUCCUCUACCACAUGGUGCGCAAUAUCAUGGGCGUGCUGCUGUCUAUCGGCGCGCGCCUCGAGCCGCCGACGCUGCUGCCGUCGCUCAUGAACGUUGCUCCCGGCUGCCGCCCAGAGUACAUGAUGGCGGACGCACUGCCGCUCACUCUCUGGGACUGCGGCUACCCC